AUGCUGGACACGCUCGAGCUGGCGUCCGGCCUCACGGGGUACUGGGCGAUGGGAACGUCAGUCUGGCUCUUCGCUCCCGAGCUGCUCGACCUGUGGCGACACCCGCCAGAAGAUCGUCAGAUGGGUCGAUACGUCUUCUUCGGAGCCUGGCUUACCGGCGACGUACUCCAGCUGCUCGGCCUCAUCAUCUCGCACACCGCGCUAAUCACGCAGAUUAUCCUGUACUCACUCGUCUUCUCCAGCGAAGUUCUCGCUCUCUUCCUCCUCUCAUGGGCGGACGGGUCGCUCGGAUUCUGCCUCAAACCUCGCGGCCGCAAACCUCUGCCGUCACCCUUGUCGCUCAUCCCGCGCAUGCACGGCUACAAUACUCACCACGAGAAGCCUCCCGGGACGAAGGAGGACGACGCCGGUCCGCCCGCCAAGAGCAAAACGCUCGUGAAGAACACGAUCGGGACCCUCGUUGUUCUGGCCGUUACGACAGUCGUGUGGUUCGCCGUCGACUAUCUCAAUCGCGACACGGCCGUCGUGCACCCUUCUCACUUGCCGACUCCUGGACCGCAAUACGGACGGGAAAUGGCGGGCUACCUGAUGGGAUGGGUUGGCAUGCUUUUCUGGAUCGGUCCUAGGGUAUACUGUCUCAAUGACUCCAGGCGCCGUCUCGAGCAGGAGAACAUCACCACCGCCUCGAUUUCUAUCGGCGUCCUGACCCACGGUCUCAAUGCUGUGUCCAUCGUCCUCGUCAACCACCAGAAGGAGCCUUUGCUCGCCCAGCUUCCCUACACCCUGACCUCUAUCAGCUGCAUCAUUCUGGACGGCAUUCGCCUCGGCUACAAGUCACAUCUCGCCAAACUCGGUCGACCGCACAAAGCGCCCGAGUACGACCCGUCCGUCCUCUGGGCCGGCGAGCGGUACCACGACGAGUACGACUGGAAGAACCGGCAGGAGCACCUCGACGAGAACUUGCGGAGGCGGCGGAAAGGCUUGCCGAACGGGUCCGACGACGAGGCGCAGGCAGGGCUUAUGUCGGGUUCGACGCCGAGACGGAGCAAGACGACCAAGUCUUCGAAGCAGGCGAAGAAGACGUCCCGACCUCGGCGACAUUCGACCUCGUCGUCGGGACACUCGAGCGACGAUAACUGCCACCAUGAGCGUCACAGCAGUCUUGGCGAGGAGCACGACAGUCAAGGCGAGGCGCAGCACGGCGACGAGCAGCCUCACGUCGUCGUCCAGCGGCUGCAGGAAAAGGACGCCCGCUACACCCGCUACGACAACGUCCGCACGAUGACACACACUGCUCUCGCACCGGCUCAGCACCUCCACGUCAAACAACGAUUCCCAAGCGAGUCCGAGGCCGAAUUCGAGGCGCGCAUCAAGCGGUCGGGCGAAGUCAACGAUUGGCGACUCAUGCGCGAAAACCAGCUCGUCUUGCUGAAGCUCUACAAGGAGCUCGACGAGGCCAAGGAGCACAGCCUCGAGAUGGAGGAGGAUGCGUCCAGGACGCUCCAGCGUGGCCGCAAGCUGGUCGCCCAUGUCGAGGAGAACUUGGAGGAGCUCAUCCAGGACGAGCGGGCUAUUGAGCGCGACAUCCACGACAUCGUCUAUGGCUCGAAGGACGAGGAUCCCGAACACGCUCACGCCCACCACCACCUUCCGGAGCAGGACCUCGAGGCCGCCGAACAACGUCGCGCAAAGAUGCCCCCAUACCGUCGCGAACAGCUCGUCGAGGAGGACCGCGCGUAUCGGCAAGCAGCCCAGCGCCGCGACAUCAGGCUUCGGGAACUCCGCCGCAAGAGGGAGUCGAAGCGCCGUGACCAUAUCAAGGAGCGGCAUGAGGAGCUGCCCUCCGAAGUGUCCAGGGCUCUCGACAACUUCGACUCGCCCUACGACCCGAAGCGACACGGACACGCCGCGGGCGACCAUGCGCAUCACCCGAGUCCGCCUGCGCCGCCGCACAGUCUCGCAAAGUGGCUCGACGAACGCUCGCGGCAACACUCUCGGACGAGGAGCAGCGGAAGCGGGCGGUGGAGCGAGUUCAGCGGCGAAUCGGACUAG